GUUGAUAUACCAAAGCGGAUUCGGAAAAUCGAUGUAAACGGAAGGUAGUAAAUACUCUCUAAACGAUAAUCGCAAGUGUUUGAUCUCUGUUUUCAGCCCGAUUUGGUAUUAAUGUGGGAUUUUGGUCAAAGAUACCUCUCACCUUUUUCCAUGGGGCGUCCGAAUGAGAAAAAAAAAAAAAGCCGUAUUGAAGUUGUCAUUCAGCCGACUCAAGUUCUGGUGAGAUUACCGCAGCCAAAUAAGCCAGGUCCUGCAUUCUUCCGCACCUUAAAUCUUCAAUUUCACGAUAGAUUCAGGAAAAAAUGUUUCACACAUCACGAAUGUCACCUCGAUUGCGCACUGAACUAGAACCUUAGAAAUAAAGGCAAAAAUCUUGUAAAAUCACAUCAUCUCCGUGUCUAUG